AUAUCUAAAGUCCUGUUAGGCGGGAGGUUGAGUUGAGGUACAUGGUAUUGGCUUAAACUGAAAUUAUACCUUCUAAAUGUCUACUUUCCGAAGAAUAGGCAAAAAGCUUGUUAUGGUUGGAGCACUAUCUGGUGUUGGUGCUGUAUUCCUUCUUGAAGUUAUCCCCAAAGUGAACGAGGCCAGAAGGAUGAAGGCCCUACAAUCAAAACCUAAGCCUUCAAAAGAAGAAAUUGAACGCUUUGAAAGGCCUUUACCAACACGUGAUGAACAGUUGAAGCGUAUGGCUUCAGGUGAAACUUUCGACGUUUUAAUAAUUGGUGGGGGAGCAACUGGUUCUGGUAUCGCAGUCGAUGCUGCAUCUAGAGGUUUAUCAACUUGUCUUGUUGAAAGACUGGAUUUCGCUUCGGGUACAUCUUCGCGUUCAACCAAACUUAUUCACGGUGGUGUUCGAUAUUUGCAAAAGGCUAUAUUCAAUUUCGAUAUUGAACAAUUUCGUAUGGUUAAUGAAGCACUCAGUGAACGGUCUAAUUUAAUUGAUAUAGCCCCACAUUUAGCCUAUCCAUUACCAAUUAUGCUACCAAUUUACAAAUGGUGGCAACUUCCAUAUUACUGGGCUGGCAUUAAAAUGUAUGACUUAAUAUCUGGUUCUCAAAUAUUGAAGGCUAGUUAUUACUUGAGUAAAUCACAGGCAUUAGAACGGUUUCCUCUAUUGAAACGUGACAAACUAGUCGGUGGAUUAGUGUAUUAUGAUGGUCAACAAGAAGAUGCUCGUAUGUGUUUGAGUCUGGCUAUAACAGCAGCUCGUUACAAUGCUGCAAUAGCUAAUUAUGUUGAAGCUGUUGAGCUUAUUAAACAAUCACCUCAAACAAAAUCAAUUUCUCUGAAAUCAACAUUAGACAAUGCUCCUGAACCAAUGCCUAUAGUAACUGGUGCACGUGUUAAAGAUCGUUUAACUGGUAAAGAGUUUACUAUUAAUGCUCGUUGUGUCAUAAAUGCUACUGGACCAUUUACCGACAAUAUACGACAUAUGGAUAAUAAAGAACAGCCUACUAUUUGUCAGCCAAGUUCGGGAGUUCACAUUAUUCUUCCUGGCUAUUAUAGUCCUUCAAAAAUGGGUCUGCUUGAUCCAGCUACACGUGAUGGUCGUGUUAUUUUCUUUUUACCUUGGAUGAAUUUUGCACUGGCGGGUACAACGGAUUCUGAAUGCGCUGUUACUGAUCAACCUUCACCAUCUGAAGCUGAAGUGAAUUUUAUCCUAGAAGAAAUUAGCAAUUAUCUUUCAUCAGAAAUACAAGUUCGUCGUGGUGAUGUCCUUUCAGCUUGGGCAGGUAUUCGGCCACUUGUUCGAGACCCGAACUCAUCUAACACCCAAUCAAUUGCACGUAAUCAUAUUAUAGACGUUUCACCUUCUAAACUGAUUACAAUUGCUGGAGGUAAAUGGACAACCUACAGGAAUAUGGCGGAAGAGACUGUAGAUAGAGCUAUUGAGGUAUGUGGUCUAAAGCCAAAAAAUCAUUGUCGUACGAAAGGUCUUCUCUUAGAAGGUGCUCAUGGUUGGUCACCAAAUUUAUUUAUACAAAUUGUUCAAGAAUACGGAAUGGAUGUUGAUGUAGCUCGUCAUUUAACUAGUAUUUAUGGUGAUAAAGCUAUCACUAUUGCAAAUAUGUCAAAAAUGACUGGUUUUAGAUGGCCAAUAUUGGGUAAAAAACUGCAUCCUGAAUUCCCUUUUAUUGAAGCUGAAGUAGAAUAUGCUUGUCGUGAGUAUGCUUGUCAUGUCGUUGAUUUUCUUGCACGUCGUACGCGUCUAGCAUUUUUAAAUGUACAAGCAGCUCAAGAGGCUCUACCGAAAAUUGUUGAUUUAAUGGGAGAACAUUUAAAAUGGAGUAAUGAAAGGAAGAAACAGGAAAUGAAAUUAGCAGAGGACUUCUUAAAGUCAGAAAUGGGUCUUAAUCUACGUGUAAUGGAAAGUGUUCGCACUAAUUUGACAAUUGAUGAAAUUGAUGAUCUUCUGCAUAGUUUCCGUAAACUUGAUCAUGAUACUAAAGGCUAUGUUUCAUUGAGUGAUUUACGUAAAUUUUGUAUAGAAUCGGGUGAAAAUAUCAGUGAAGAAAUUCUUCAGUCUACACUGAACACAAUGGAUGUCAAUAAAAAUGGACAAGUUGACAUGGCAGAAUUUUUACAUGUAUGUCCACUUUUUGCUUUUAUUGACUUAUUAGCCUGUUUUUCCAUACUGUUGUUCAAAGGAAUCUAGUUUUACUUAUGUUUUUCAUCGGUAGUUAUUGAUCGGUUUUUUAGGUUUAAGGAUUUCAUUGAUAAUUGUUUGUGAUUUUGUUGUUUAUGCUGAUGAAAUCGUUCCGCGUUUCUAGUGCAGAGAAUCCAACAGUAUUGCUGGGCUAAAGUUUCCACUUUCAUAAUGUAAAAAUAAGUUUUUGCAUUCGAAAGUUAUCUAGACGAGCACGUUUAGUUACUAUUCUGUCAGCUUUGUUUUAUGGAUUUGUGAUAUCCGAUCAAGUAUUUUCUUAUGUUUUUGAUGGGUCACAAAAUGUGCUGUUUGAUGCUGGAAGUCAAUCAACAGGAAGUCCUGAACCUGGGCUUUACGCUUUUCGGUACUCAUUAUGAAGGCAUAUCUGCAUCCACCAACUAGCAGUGAAGCGUCAUGACAUACCUUCGCUCAUAUCAAUGCAUCCGGACAACUGGGAACUUGAAUUUGACUGGGAGAAUGUGGAAAUCCUAGAUCGAGGAAAUACAAAGAAUGUCGGAGAAUUUUUAGAACCUUGGUAUUCAGGUCAGUCAGUGAUCAACAGACAUAUUGACAUUGACUCAAUCUAUCAACCAACAAGAAACAACAAGUAGGUCCAAGUUUACGUCAGCGGGAAAAUUAAUUGAAAUGAGUAUGGAGACAGUGACAAAACUUUGGCAGAAACAAUCAAUCACACAAAGGGUCAUCAGGACAAGCUACUAAACCAGUUGUGGAGAAAACCGCAUAGCUCACUCUUUUUUGAAGUUUGUGCUGAUAGUUAUGGUGUCUAGAAUGACAAUGUGUAGUUCGCAGUUAAACCACCUAGCUCAGAAAAAACAAAACCAUCAAAAGUGUCUGCAACCAAGAACAAACUAAUAUUCCGUCUAUGAUUCGAACCUGUUUCGCUCAGUAUCGUAGAAAGAAACUUUGCAUAUGAAAAAUUAAGGUUACAACUGACUACCCAUGGAACUAGGUUGUGUACAUGAACCGGUCACUAAAUGGUGUCGAUCAGGUUUACAACUGCUUAACAGUUUUAUCAUAUAUGAGCCAUGCUUCGUGAUAUGUACGAUGAGAUAGCUACAUUAACUUUUCCCACUAACCAUAUGUCAAAACGGAUAAAAUUGUUGUCUCCCAAACUUGUUCUUUGUGAGAAAGUUGCUGUAUUCAAGUCACAAAGUGUGAAUUACGUUUUAUGGUUCAUUGAAAGAUAAGCGUCUAGAUGGUGUCAACUAGUCCAUAAAAUGAUCAGGUGUUCUUAGGUUUCAGUGUGACUUUGGACUUUGGUAAAGUAUUUUGCUUAAACCAGCUACACUGUCAUCAUCACAACAGGACUUUAAUCCUUCGGUCGCUUUGAAACAACUGUCUCCAACUCCAUUACCUCAGUCAAAUAUUUUGUUUAGGUUACUAUUAACUGUCAUUUGUAAAGGCUUUGAAGGCGAUACUCAUGAACCUUUUAUGACUUCCUCAACGUCAGGAAGUCAGUGUCCAUUUUAGGUUACUUUUGGAUUAUUGAUUGCUAAAGGAGGGUAGAAUACCAAUUUAGCUACUUCUAAAAGCUUGUUCACGGUAGAAUCCAUUCCUUAAAUCGUCUUAGGUGAAAUCAGUAGAUAAACUUGGAGAGGACUUCAAUGUUAAACAUUUCUAUCCCCGGUUGGUCUGAUCGGUGUGAUGAUGACAAGAAAGUAUGAACAAUGUCAGAUGUAAACAUAACUCUCACGCUAUAAUCGAAGACUUAGCCAGUCAUAAGAAGGGAAGAAGGUAAAAAAAAGUAAAGAAAUAUAAUAUAACGAUUAGAAUGAAGAUAUUGUGUGGACACAUCUUACAACGGAGAUCGAAUCAAAGCGACAACAUCUGGAGUCUCCAACUAUCGGUUUCAUCUGUCAUACGGAACGCAAACGAGAAGUCUACACCUCUUCACACGGCUCAGAUCAACAAUCAAAGUCUUCAUAAACUGUUGUCACAUUCUAAUCUGGUUAUCGUUGAGCUCUUUUAAACUUCGUUGUACUUCAGCUAAAAUGAAACAUCAGAGUGGAUGUUAACUGGGCAUAUGUAACACAUUUAGCAACCACUUUGGUAGAUGAAGGUUGGUGGAUUUCAUCAGUCAACUUACUUGCUUUGCUUGGAAGUAGGCGCCUAAACUCUCUAUUACUAACAUGACACGCAAGCUAUGCUACAGAGACAAUAGUAGUCAGUUAUCUGGAGCUUUCUUUUGUCGUCCAACUUUAAUGCUCAUGUUUAUCUAGAUAGCCAUUUAACUCGAUAGAACGAACUAUUAGAUGGUACACUCGAUCCUUUGUAGAAUAUUAGAUAUCUCCCGAGUACCAUAG